AUGUCUGCCAUAGACUUAAAAUCAGAGUAUCAUCAAGUUAAGAUGUACCCUCGGGACAAAGACAAAACUGCCUUUGUGACUUGCUAUUCAGAUCAGCAUGUUGAAGAAUGUAGACUGAAAAUAGUAAAACUUGAAAAAGAAUUUAAAGCUUUUGUUCGUAAACUAAAACAGUUAACGCCUGGUACAUUACAUAGUAUUCCCUGGACAAAUCGCCCAUACAAGAGAAAGAAAGCAGAUGUUGUAAAUGCUACUCCAAAUAAAGAAUUUGUUCCAAUACCUACUCCAAUACUUGAGGGAGAAAAGCCAAAAGAACAACAGUUUCAUAUACAGAAUUUACCUUCCAUGGAUAAACCAUUAUAUUUUGUUACUAAUAAUACAAACGUUUGCAAAAAUGUUGUAGAAACAUGUAAAUUAUCAUCUGUAAAUUGCAAAAAUAUUGUUGAUGAUUAUGAAUUAUCAUCUGGAAAUUGCAGUAUUGUUUUGGAUACUUGCCAACCAGCGGAAAAUUGUAAAGACAUUAAAAAUACUAGUACGUUAUCGUCUGCAGCAAGUGUUAAUGAUUCUUCAGAAGAGAUUAAAACACAGGAAAUCUCUGUAAGUAAUAAUUGUGAAAAAGAGAGAUGUAAUAAAAAUUCUGUUGAAUCUCCAUGUAAACAGAUACCCAGUUUAGUAGAUUAUGACUUUCUAUCUGAUAGUGAAGAGGAUUUAUAAUACAUGCAAACAUUUAAAAGUGAAUUAUAUCUAUACUCUGCUUCUUCAAUAAAAUUAGAGUUCUGAAGUGAAACUAUUUGGUAAAUUAAUUAUAAAUUUAUUUUAAAAAAUAAUGUGUAUAAAAUUUUAGUGUUAAAUGGGGGUUUUAUUUCUUGGAAUAAAUAUUAAUGUGUAAGUUUUUAAUUCAAGUUUCUUUCG